AAGUGCUACAAUGCUAUGUAGUCUUAUCUCCUUUUUGUUUCUUAAAAUUGGGUUAUUUGCGGGUACCGGUUUUCAAUUUUUCUUCUGUUGUGUAUAUUAUUACCCUUAACUUGCUAGAAUUAGCUAUCAGUUUUCAGUAAUGACGGAUGAUUUUCCAGUUCGAAGAAUUUAUCACGUUUUAAUCUUCGAAUUUCCCUAUGUGAUAGCGAUUGUCAUAUAAUAUGAUAAUAUAAAUUCGAUCAUGAAUUUAAUUUUACUUAAGGUUCCGCGUAUUAAUGAAGCGCAAGGGAUCGUAAUGAUUUUUGUUAAUAAUAAUUAUAAUACAUAUUUUUGUUUUACUUACAUUUACUACAAUAUAAUCGUUCGAUCUUCUCUCCUCAACGAAUUAAUCAUCAUUACAACUUUCUUUAUCGAUUUCUUGUCUAAUCUGCACUCAGAUUUACUAAAGUUAGUGUUGAUAUUUGAUAAUUAAACAUUCUUCUUAAGAUUUUGGAUAUGACGAAGAACUUUGAUCCGAGACCAGUCCCAGACAAGAAUUGGUUUCACUCCAAGAAUGUUGCUUUGCUACAAUGUCUGUUAACAGUUGGAACAACCCUGGCAUCAUAUGCAAUAGCAUUGUAUAUGGGCCAUGUCAAAUUGUGGCCUAUUCCUAUGAUUUCCUACUGCGGAGUUCACCCUCCUGAAAAGUUUGUCUUCUCGAUCGGUCUGGUGUGUUCCGCUUUUCUAAUGUUUCUCUUCAUCUGGAUUAUUGAAUGUGCUGGUAAAGUGUACUCUUCAAGAAAAACAGCCUGGUUGCUCGGUUUCCCAAGCUCCCUCGGUCUGAUGGUAUUAGCGGUGUGUAACUGCGAGGAGGAACCUAAUCUUCACUACAUUGGGGCUAUUACUUACUUCCUCACAACUGCCAUCUACUGCUUACUUUGCAGCUUCAAGGAACUCAACCUGACCAAGGAGAAGAGAACAGCCUGGGUUACCGUCCGCCAAUUCCUAUCCCUCGUUAACCUGACCUUCAGCCUCGCACUAGGAGUUCUCUUUGCGUUCGGGUAUCAAGGAACCGACUGGGAGGUUGCUUUCAGUGAGUGGACCGCUGUGUGGGCAGCAGAGUUUUAUGUGCUCACUUUCUACUGGGAUCUCGGGGAUGAGUUCUUUAUCGAACAAGUUAAAGAGUUUUUCGGGAUGGAAGUUAGGGACAAUGGUAAAUAUAAGUUAGUAUAUGAUGACGAGUUCGCUUUAGACAUGGAUUAGUUUAUCUUCAUGUUUUUGUAUUAUUAAAUGAUUUAAAUUUAU